GAGCUGUGCAGCUCUCCGUGAGGCGAAGCAUGCACUUGCAGGAAUCUUCGGACAGCCUCCUCGUCUUCAGAUGAUCUCGUCUGGUUUGAUGCCCGUCAGUACACAGAAGCGACGCGGAGGGGAGACAGAGCCAGACGCUCAGCAGCGGGUCAGGAGGCGGGACUUCCUCCGGGGCUGUUUAUCUCGUCGUGCAGCGCAGAAGGAGAACCAGUGCAGGAUCCGACAACAAGGUUUUCUCGUCACACACACGUCACUAUGCCGGGCAUCGUGCUGCGAGGAGGCUGCGGUCCUCUGGUCGUCCUGUGGGCCCUGCUGCUGCCUCUGGUCUCUCUCAGUCACCUGCACCAGCAUGGACACCGGGGCCCUUGUGUGGCGGACCGGCCCAAGCUGCUGCUCCUGUCCUUCGACGGCUUCCGCUGGGAUUACAUCGACCGGGUCCCGACGCCCAACUUCAACAGCCUCAUGGAAAAGGGGGUGAUGGUGAAGCAGGUGGAGAGCGCUUACAUCACCAAAACCUUCCCCAACCACUACAGCCUGGUGACGGGGCUGUACGCUGAGUCUCAUGGCAUCGUGGCCAACGAGAUGUAUGAUCCCGUUCUCAACCGCUCCUUCUCCAUGGAGACGGACAGUAUUUAUGAGUCGCAGUGGUGGGAAGAGGCGGUGCCUCUUUGGGUGACCGUCCAGAAAGCUGGAGGGCGGAGCGGGGCAGCGAUGUGGCCGGGGUCCGACGUGAAGAUCCACGGCAUGUACCCCAAUGAGUUCCUCCAGUAUAACGCAUCAGUCUCCUUCGAAACCAGGGUGGAGCGGAUCGUUGAGUGGUUCUCUGCGCCCGGGGAAGAAGCAGUGGAUUUUGCAGUUCUGUACUGGGAGGAGCCGGACGAGAGCGGGCACAUGCUGGGACCUCAGAGUCCCCUCAUGGACGUGGUCAUCGCCGGGAUCGACGAGAAGCUCGGCUUCCUCAUGAACGAGCUGAAGAAGGCGGGACUGUACGAGAAAGUCAACCUGAUAGUGACCAGCGACCACGGGAUGGCACAGCUCUCAGCGGAUAAGAUCAUAGAGCUGGACGUGUAUGUGAGCAGAGACCUGUACACCUGGGUGGACAAGAGUCCAGUGGUGGGAAUACUUCCCAAAGAAGGGAGGCUCGAGGAGGUGUAUAGUCUGCUGGUGGAUGCAAACCCCAACAUGGUGGUGUACAAGAAGGAGGAAAUUCCCGCACACUUCCAUUAUCAGCACAACGUUAGGAUCAUGCCCAUCAUCCUGGAGGCCAAGGAGGGCUGGACCAUCAUGCAGAACAGGACCGGGCCCUUCAUGUUGGGGAACCAUGGCUAUGACAACACCUUACACAGCAUGCAGCCUUUGUUUGUGGCUCACGGGCCGGCCUUUCGCCAGAAUUACGUCAAGACCUCCAUGUCCGCUGUCGACCUGUACCCCCUCAUGUGCCACAUCCUGUCCGUCCGACCUCUACCAAACAACGGCUCCCUCUUUAACGUCAAGGACCUGCUGGCCGAAGAGCCAGUUCGAUCCCUGCCCAGCACCCCUCCCAGCGCCCCUCCCACGGUCAAGGAAUACUCCUAUGCCCCCGUCUGGGGUUCGUUCCUUGGUGUGGUGUUGGUGCUGGGCUUUCUGGGGGUCUACAUCCGACAAAUGACGCUCAAACAGAUGUACCCGCUGAAGCACAAAGGCUGGGAGAUGUCGCAGCCCUUACUGCAAGAGGACUUGCAACUGUAGGUGAAGACGCAGAAAUGACGGCAGGCGUAAAAGAAGAGGAGGUACUGCUCCCCAAGGUAGUCCGCUCUGCUCAGAAACAUCCCCCGAACACCUCCCUUAUACGACUAAACGCCUUCGUGCUGCUGUUUAUACAGGUUUGAGAUCAAGGGAAUCUAAUCUCACCUCCUGAUCACGUAUAGAGGUGCACUUUGCUUGCUUGAGUAUAAGGGAAAUGUCCAGGGUUGUGCUUCUGAUGCAGGCUUAAUCAAGAUAAUAAACCUUUACAUGGGCUUUAUAGUAGCUUUGCUUUGAUUGUGAGCAUUUACCCAGCAUCAUCUCAUUGUUUUCAUUGUAACUGAAUAAGUAAAACAUCAAAGCUCAGAGUGGAAUUUAAACCUGGCAAGUGCGAGCCUUUGUCGGCCAAAACCAUGACUUGAAUAACAGAAGGGUGUCGGUGUGCUUGAAACGAACCCCUUCGUCUGAAGCUAGAAGAGGGGAGACAGAAAGUAGGGCAAGAAGCAAUAAUAUAAUGUUGGAGCGGGGACAACUGUGCACACUUUCAGACAAUCUCUCAAACGACGGCAUUCAUAGUGUUGCACUCAUUUGCACAUAGGAAAGCGAAGGAGCUUCAAGGUCAAACCCUGCUUACUUCCCCCUGAACACAGACCUCCACAGCUGCUCAGUGAAGUGGACGUUAGGUCGGAUUGUCAGGUUUGUUAGAAAAAAUUGGGCAGCCAACGUCAGUCAGGUGUGGAGGGACGGUAACACGGCAUUAUUCACAGUAUCAUCUGCGUAAAAAAAACAAACAAAAAACACCAAGUCAGGGUUUGUUACACAGAACCAUCUGGGAAGUCCUGUAUGAAAAACUGUCGGGCAAAAACUCCUAACGAACCAAACAAACAAUCAGAUCGACGACCCAUAUGACAGAAGAAGAAGAGACAGAAACAUUCAGUGCGUUCUUUGCUCUUCUUUCACUCCAGUUCUGAUAGAACCGACGCUGAGGAUCCGCCGUUGUUGUUUUCUCUCGCCGGUCGUCACAUCUAAACAACGCCCGUAGCUGUCGGUAGCUCCUCACAGAAGACUAAUUUGGUCUGAAGUACUGCGGUUCGACUACAAGCACAUAGUUUAAAUCCCGGUGAGAUGAGAUCCAGCUGCCUCCCGAAGCAGUUUGUUUGCAGCACACUGACACCUGUACUCAGUAGCAGUGGUAUUAGACGUGGUUAAUCCGGCCUUCGCAGUACGCCACGUCAGGUUUCUGCCACCAGUUGUUCUACUUGUGGUCCGAGCACUGAAUUAUACGUUGCUGUGAUUGAUCAGAAAAGUAUUCGAGCCUCAGACUCGUUCGACUGAGGUCAGUAUCAUUUUAUGAAUGUUACUCGGAAGCAGAUGUUCCACCGAGGGGUUUUUAAAAAAAAAAACAUUUUUCACUCGAUGUGCCAGAGCCACCGCUCAUAUGUGUAGGUCAUUCCAUGGAGCCGAUCACAUCACGGCCUCGCUCUCUUUAGUAGUCAAGUUACCAUUUGCCUUUUUAACUUGUAACGGAGAACAGUCUCUCCGAGGUGUGCAAUCGUUCGUGUGUGUGUGUGUGUGUGUGUGUGUGUGUGACUCUGUUUUUGUUUGUAGAGUUCGAGGGCAUUUUUUUUUCUGUAUAGACGAUCGUGGUAACCCUCGUCUUCAUGUGCGUCGACUGUCAUCACCAUGGUCACGUGUUGGUGAAAUGUGAAGUGCAAUUGCUACUGGUCGGUAUUUCGUCGUUGGGAUUUUGAAGGGUUUUGUUGUCGCUCGGCUGAGAAGACUAUUUUGGCAUGACUUGCAAGAAACUGUUCCCCCUGAUUUGCACUACAGGAUCGAAAUGAGAAAUCAGAACGAAAAGGGGGCGGUUAGUUGGAUGCUUUUUAGGUGACGUAUGAUUUGCACUUCUUGUUCGUAGUUGCUAUUUGAAAUUAUAUUUAAAGAGAAAAAAAAAAAAAAAGUUAGGUGCCUCUUACCAAAAAAGCUUUUCGAUUAGCGUAAUCAUAGAAAGUCAAGUAGAAAUCCAAAAUCUGCAGAUAAAGUCUUUAAUAUUUUUCCAGCAUCAUUUAAGAAAAAUUUGGUUGAAUUUUCUCCUUUAUGCUUUUAGAUGCACUGACUAAUAACUGUGUGCCCCAAAAAGAAAAUGACAGACAACACUGUGAUAAAUACUUUUUACAAAUUUUAAAAUUCAUAAAUUGAUAAAAGCAUUUAUAUGGAAAUUGUUAAUACUCUGAUAUUUGUCUUAUUUUAUUAAAGAUGAAGUGUGUCUGAUAAUUUACCCCUGACUUGUUGACAGAUAAAUGAAAUAAAUAAAUAUAUUUAAAUGAUUUACGUGGAAUUGUUACUGAAGAAUAAUUAUUAGAUGAGGGUUUUUAUGUUUUCCUCAGUCGAUUAUUAACUCGGAUUUGAAAUACGGAGAUUUAACAUGAUUUACAAACUAACUAUCUUUUUGCCAUGUUGAUGCAAUUAGUCUUCUGAAAUUAAAGGGACUUCUGUGAAACUAAA